GAUAACUUGGAAGAUUAUUAAAACACAUCGUCAUGGUCGUCUGUUCACAAGUUUCACUUAUUGGUAUAAUUUUCAUCAACUCACUCAUUCUGACAACUUGUGACAUGGUUACGGUUGUUGGAGUACGCCGUCAGAGACAUGAAGAAACACUUAACACGAUUGUGAAUAGGCAGGGGAAAAUGAUGAAGAAUUUGGAGGAACUAGUUCACAAACAAGGAACCGAAAUUGAUCAUUUAAAGAAAACUCUUUUGGAUUGGAAGGACAUGAAUGCAAAAGGCGAAAAUAAAACCACGCCACCUUAUGUGUCAACACUGGAAAAAAGAAAUAUUUUGGGUUUACCAGCUAUUGGAAGAGCUGUAGAAGGAACGAUAGCAUUUUAUGCCUAUAUGUCUCAUACAGAAACCGACCCCGGAGCACAUCAUAUUCUUGUCUAUGAUCAUGUUGUCACUAAUUUGGGAAAUGGCUACAACAAGCACACGGGUUUCUUCACUCCCCCUGUGUCUGGAGUUUACGUCUUCACGUGGACAACUUUUGCGUGCGGUAAUUCAUACUUUCCCAUCGAAAUGACUGUCAAUAGCAGUCCAUUUGGGGUGACUUAUAACCAAGGAUCGAAUACGUAUAACGCCGUCACCGGUGUCGUCGUCGUUGAUGUGAAUCAGGGAGACUCAGUUGGGAUCAGAACCAGACCUAAUUAUACCCCUGUUGGAUCUAUUUGUAGCUCCGUCAAUAUGAGAGUGGCAUUCUCCGGCUGGUGUAUUUCGUGCUAAAUUUAACAAAUUUAAGAAAUUUACCUAUUGAGAAACCUACAAAGUUGAAACUCUGAUACGGUGUUUGAUUAAACCUGGCUAUUAAAUGAAUUAUUGAAAUCCAA